UCAUACUGUUGGGAGGAGGAAGCGCCACGACCGGAUGUGAAUUUAUGGAUCGCUUCAAGUUGUAGUGAGUCUAAACAAAUAACGGGAUGAAAGUGUUAUAGCGGAGUUCUGAGUUUCUUUAAAAAAAACAUUUUGGAUAUAGCUAACAAGCACAGCAACACAUAACGGGGCUUGCGGUAACGUUAUAACGAUUUGAUGAGCUUGAAGUUUGUGUGAGAGGAAGAGGGUAUUCAGCACUCAUAUGGCUGACUUAAUGGAGAUUUCUCAGAAUAACGUGCAACCGAGUGAGGGGACGGAGCCCAGCCGGCGUCCCGGCGGGCGGGGGAGGGGCGAGCCGGAGCAGAACGGGCAGCCCCCCUCGGCGCGCCCCGCCCCCGCCCCAGGCCCCGCCCCCGCCCAGGUCGUCGACAGCGAGGAGGACGAGGAUGAGGAGCUGACGCUGAAGUACGGCGCCAAGCACGUCAUCAUGCUCUUCGUCCCCGUCACCCUCUGCAUGGUGGUCGUCGUGGCGACCAUCAAGUCGGUCAGCUUCUACACGCAGAACGACGGCCAGCUGAUCUACACGCCCUUCCCGGAGAACACGGAGACGGUGGGGCAGCGGGCGCUCAACUCCAUCCUGAACGCCGCCAUCAUGAUCUCCGUCAUCGUGGUCAUGACCCUGGUGCUGGUGCUGCUCUACAAGUACCGCUGCUACAAGGUAAUCCAAGGCUGGCUCUUCAUCUCCUCCCUGCUGAUGCUGUUCUUCUUCUCCUUCAUCUACCUGGGGGAGGUGUUUAAGACCUACAACGUUGCCAUGGACUACAUCACGGUGGCGGUGAUCAUCUGGAACUUCGGGGUGGUGGGGAUGAUCUGUAUCCACUGGAAGGGGCCUCUUCGUCUCCAGCAGGCCUACCUCAUCAUGAUCAGCGCCCUCAUGGCCCUCGUCUUCAUCAAGUACCUGCCCCAGUGGACGUCCUGGCUCAUCCUAGGCGUCAUCUCCGUCUACGACCUGCUGGCGGUGCUCUGUCCCAAGGGCCCACUCCGUAUUCUAGUGGAGACGGCGCAGGAGAGGAACGAGCCCAUCUUCCCCGCUCUCAUCUACUCCUCGACCAUGGUGUGGCUCGUUGGCAUGGCAGACAGUGGAGACAGCAGGAAAAACCCGGCAGACACUGAGAACCAGGCCCCUGGCCCCGCCCCCGCCCCUGCUGCAGCUCCGGCCCCUGCCUCCGCUCCUGCCCCGGCCCCGGCCCCGGCCCCUGCCCCGGCCCCAGCCCCGGCCCCCCAGGGGGAGGACGACGGGGGCUUCACCACAGACUGGGUGGGGCACCAGCAGCAGCAGCUGGGCCCCCUGCAGUCCACCGAUGAAACGAGGCGCGUCGUCCAGCAGAUGCCCUCCGCCCGGCCACCCCCUGAGGACGAUGAGGAGAGGGGCGUGAAGCUGGGCCUGGGGGACUUCAUCUUCUACAGCAUGCUGGUGGGCAAGGCCUCGGCCACCGCCAGCGGGGACUGGAACACCACGCUGGCCUGCUUCGUGGCCAUCCUCAUCGGCCUGUGUCUCACCCUCCUCCUCUUGGCCAUCUUUAAGAAGGCCCUCCCGGCUCUGCCCAUCUCCAUCACGUUCGGCCUGGUUUUCUACUUCGCCACGGACAACCUGGUUCGGCCCUUCAUGGACCAGCUCGCCCUGCACCAGUUCUACAUUUAGCAGGGUCCAACCCCCCCCCCACCCCCCUUACCCCGCCUCGCCCCUCGCCCCUACUCCACCUACGCACUCCAGCUGGUUCCACCAAUGGGAGCUCCUGCUUUUAGGCCCGAGGACUCUCACCCUUCACCGCUGGGGUAAACUGGGGCAGGAGGGGCAACCAUACCCCCCCUCCUCACCACUUUCUGGACUGGACUGGACUAAAGCUUUUUUUUGUUGUAUAAUUAUAAUUUUGUGUGAGCGUGAUUGUGUGUGUGUGUGUCUGUGUGUGAGAAUCUGUGUGAGUGUGUGCGAGUAUGUGGAACAGACUUUAUUUUUGCUCACCAAGUAACUUUUGUCCAGUUUUGAGUCUUAACCAUAAUUCCUGAUUAUUUUUGUUAUUGGUUUUGUUAUUGUUUUUCUUCUCCUUUUUAAAGUUCGGUGUGCAUCCUCUCAGAGAGAUUCUGUGAUCUUUCUCUGCCUCCAUCUUGACGGGGGCUUGGUAGUGUGAGUGCUGAACUGAGAGGUGUGUGUGUGUGUGUAUGUGCGCACGUGUGUGCGUGUUCACUGAUCACGAAGUAGCUAAAGGGAUGUCAUGAAACAAGCGAGAUGAAAUGCUUUAAUUGUCUUGCAGGAACACUAAAAUGUCACACAUUUUUAUUUUCUGGGAAACAAGAGAACACCAUCAUAGGUUUGUGGACUGUGGGCCAUGGUUGUCCAUGAGGCAGAAAUGGCUUCCUGUAGGGCUUGGAAAUUUCUUUGAGUGCCCCCAGUGCUGAGCGGCAUUAGGGUUAUGUUAAGCCUGGAAUUAAGAUUAUUUGAACCACAGGGUAAAGGAGCUACAGCACAAAAUAUGUGAACCGCAGGGCUGGCUUUGUGAUGAUUGGGCCGGACGUUUUGGAGAACGUCUUGAGUGGCGUGUCUAUGAAUAGUGUCCUUGUUGUGCCCACCGUCUGAGACCUCUCGAGUUUGUCCCGGUUUUCCGAAGGACUUAGGACUUCCUUGUUGCCUCAAAGCUAUGUCUGAGUGGUUCCGUGCAGGGUCCGUACUUGAGGUUUAGAUUUGGCCUGAUUACGGCUCCUGCAGUGCUUAUGCGGAGCACAAGGAGGCUUUGACGUUGAGCGUCCGGGGCUGGGAGGGCAGAUUAUGUGGCAUCCUGUAUGAGUUCUCUUCAGACCGAACUGCCUGCAGCAAUGAACUGCAGACACACGCCGAGAUUGGCGAA